AUGUCGGAGCUGACCUUCACUAAAUCAUUCUUGUCCACGCUGGACUCGCGGCCUAUCAAGCUUCGCGCUGAUCAUGUCUUCGACUCAGAACAAAUUGGACUACGAGUCCCCGUGAAUCAUUCUAAUAUGCUUUCCGAAAACGAUAGUACACACUCCCCCCGCCUUUCUGCCCCGCACCCUCCGAUGCCCAAAAAAGUGAGGUCGACACAGGCACCAGGCUCAUCCAAAUCAAUCACUGUUCGCGUCAAGUCUGCCCGCAACCCUGCUCUAGAAUUCCUGAUCUCCAAUGCCCCUCUCUCAACCACCUCGGUCCAGGAUAUCCGGGAUGCAGUACAAGUACGCGUCACCGAUGCGCAGGGAGGCCAAGUCCCGCUAGACAAGAUCAAGAUCUUAUACAAGCGGAAGCCAGUGGCUGGUACCGGGAAGACAUUGGCCGAGGUAUUGGCAGAUGAACCAGCCAUUCUGGCGGGAGGCAAAGAAGUCGAGAUCGGGGUGAUGAUCAUCGGUGGCGCCCAGGUGGUUGAAUCUGCUGUGGCUCAACCGGAGAUUACAGAGAAGCGAAAUGAAUCACCUCCCAAGGCUGCUAUAGGUCUGAGUGGUAAGGAGGUGUUACAUACAGAGGCUUUCUGGGAUGAUCUGCAAGGCUAUCUCGAGCAGCGAUUGAAGGACGAGAAAGAAGCAAACCGGUUGAGAUUUGUGUUCAAAGAGGCGUGGGGCUCAGCCAAGUAG